GAACUCGCUCUCACCUCCUGAGCUCCCUUCAUCCACGGCACGCGGCUUACCAUUUCAUUCACCUGCCGUGGAAAUACAUUCGUCGCAGUUCUGUAAAACGACAGCGUAUCUUUAUAUAUUUAUAUGUUAAACGCAAACCUCUUUUCUCUUCCUUCAGGUAACGCUAGCCAAUAAGAGCUUGCGAACGGCGCUCGAACACGAGAGCUCACGGAAAAAGAGGCGGGAACCUCGCGCACCUUCAGAGGACGCGGAGCGCGCGCGCAGACGGGCGCAUUCACAUCGUUCAAGCUCACAGAGAACAGCCUCUCACAGCCAGGACUCGAGGAGGUACACGGGCUCAAACCGGCGGCUUGCAGAGGGGGCAGGUGGACGUCUGCGCAGACUACCACCUCCGCUUGGCGGUCUGAAAGCACCUCGGUGGAAGUUGGUUCACUUCUCACAGCCCGUCCGUCAUCAUUGCUGAUAAAUACAUGCCGUGCGAGUGCUCGUAGUAAACAGUUCCUCAAGAUGGAAAACGCCCACACUAAAUCCGCAUCUGAAGUUUUAGCGAACUUCAAUGUGAACGAAAACACUGGACUCACUCUGGAACAAGUGAAAAUCAAUUGGGACAAAUAUGGACCCAACGAGCUCCCAGCUGAAGAAGGUAAAUCAUUGUGGGAGUUGGUGGUGGAGCAGUUUGAGGACCUCCUGGUGAGGAUUCUGCUGCUGGCAGCCUGUGUGUCUUUUGUGUUGGCACUGUUUGAGGAUGGGGAGGAGACAACCACAGCCUUCGUGGAGCCCAUUGUCAUCCUGCUGAUUCUGGUGGCCAACGCUGUCAUUGGAGUCUGGCAGGAACGAAAUGCCGAGAGUGCCAUCGAAGCUCUGAAGGAGUAUGAGCCAGAGAUGGGCAAAGUGUACCGCAUUAACCGCACGGCUGUCCAGAGGAUCAAAGCCCGGGACAUCGUACCUGGGGAUAUCGUGGAGGUUUCUGUGGGGGACAAGGUGCCAGCAGACAUCAGGAUCACCUCAAUCAAAUCCACAACCCUAAGGGUGGACCAAUCCAUCCUCACAGGAGAGUCUGUGUCGGUCAUCAAACACACCGAUCCUGUGCCAGACCCUCGAGCUGUCAAUCAAGAUAAAAAGAACAUGCUGUUUUCUGGUACAAACAUCGCGGCAGGCCGGGCCAUUGGCGUGGUUAUCUCCACUGGGGUUUCCACUGAAAUCGGCAAGAUCCGUAACCAAAUGGCAGCCACAGAGCAAGAGAAGACCCCGCUGCAGCAGAAGCUGGAUGAGUUUGGCCAACAGCUCUCCAAAGUCAUCUCCCUAAUCUGCAUUGCCGUGUGGGCCAUUAACAUCGGGCAUUUCGCCGACCCGGUCCACGGUGGAUCCUGGAUUCGAGGUGCCAUCUACUAUUUCAAGAUAGCUGUGGCCCUGGCUGUCGCAGCCAUACCGGAGGGUCUGCCGGCUGUUAUCACCACCUGCCUGGCGCUGGGCACCCGUCGCAUGGCCAAGAAAAACGCCAUCGUUCGUUCGCUGCCCUCGGUGGAGACAUUGGGAUGCACUUCUGUUAUCUGCUCAGACAAGACGGGUACCCUGACUACAAACCAGAUGUCUGUCUGCAGGAUGUUUGUGGUUAAUAAAGCCGACAACACCAGCUGCUCCCUGCAUGAGUUUACCAUCACCGGCUCAACAUAUGCUCCGGAGGGACAAGUGUUGAAAGCUGAAAGGCCAGUGGACUGUGGAGACUACGAUGGUCUAAUUGAACUGGCCACUAUCUGUUCCCUGUGCAAUGACUCCUCGCUGGACUAUAAUGAGGCCAAGGGAGUGUACGAGAAGGUGGGCGAGGCCACGGAAACUGCACUCACGACGCUGGUGGAGAAGAUGAACGUAUUUAAAACCGACGUCGCCGGACUCAGCAAAGUGGACAGAGCUUCAGCGUGCAAUAUGAUUUUCCGGAAGCUAAUGCAGAAAAAAUUCACACUGGAGUUUUCCCGGGACAGGAAGUCCAUGUCUGUGUACUGCACUCCCAAUGGCUCGAAUUCUCAGAGCAAGAUGUUUGUCAAGGGCGCUCCAGAGAGCGUGAUUGACCGCUGUCAGUAUGUGCGUAUUGGCAAAGAACGCAUUCCACUGACCAUGGCGGUAAAGGAGGAGCUGAUGAGCACUAUUAGAGACUGGGGAUGUGGCAGAGACACACUGCGCUGCUUGGCUCUGGCCACACGAGAUGCCCCACCAGCUGAAGACAAAAUGGACCUGGAAAACUCAGUCAAGUUCUCAGAGUAUGAGUCAAGUCUCACCUUCGUCGGAUGUGUCGGCAUGCUGGACCCACCCAGGAAGGAGGUGAUUGGCUCAAUAAAGUUGUGCCGUAAGGCAGGUAUUCGUGUCAUCAUGAUUACCGGGGACAAUAAGAGCACCGCUGUGGCCAUCUGCAGACGUAUCGGUAUUUUCACCGAGGAUGAAGACGUUGAAGGGAGAGCCUACACGGGCAGAGAGUUCGAUGACUUGACUCCAGAUGCCCAGCGAGAUGCUGUGAAAAGGGCGCGCUGCUUCGCACGUGUCGAACCAGCGCACAAGUCGAAGAUUGUGGGCUUUCUGCAGUCAUUCGAUGAGAUCACGGCUAUGACUGGAGAUGGUGUGAAUGAUGCCCCCGCGUUAAAAAAAGCCGAAAUCGGCAUUGCCAUGGGCUCAGGGACGGCUGUAGCCAAGUCAGCUUCCGAGAUGGUGCUCUCUGAUGAUAACUUCUCCACCAUUGUGGCCGCCGUGGAGGAGGGCAGAGCCAUCUACAACAACAUGAAGCAGUUUAUCCGUUACCUCAUCUCCUCCAAUGUGGGAGAAGUGGUCUGUAUUUUCCUGACAGCCAUCCUUGGCCUUCCAGAGGCUUUGAUCCCUGUUCAGCUGCUGUGGGUGAAUCUGGUGACGGACGGUCUGCCUGCCACUGCCCUGGGCUUCAACCCCCCAGACCUCGACAUCAUGGACAAGCCUCCUCGCAAUCCCAAGGAGUCUCUUAUCUCUGGGUGGCUCUUCUUUAGAUACCUGGCCAUUGGAGGAUAUGUGGGUCUGGGCACUGUCGGUGCUGCCACCUGGUGGUAUUUGUUUGAUGAGGAAGGGCCACAUGUGUCCUUUAAUCAGCUGCGGCAUUUUAUGCAGUGUACAGAAGACAACCCCAUGUUUGAGGGCAUUGACUGUGAGGUCUUUGAGUCACGUUACCCCACCACCAUGGCACUUUCUGUUCUUGUUACCAUAGAGAUGUUCAACGCUCUUAACAGCCUGUCAGAGAAUCAGUCUCUGUUGAGGAUGCCCCCCUGGGUGAAUAUAUGGCUGCUCGGGGCCAUAAUCCUCUCCAUGUCUCUACACUUUCUUAUCCUGUAUGUGGAGCCUUUACCGCUGAUCUUCCAGGUAACUCCGCUAUGUUGGUCUCAAUGGAUUGUAGUCCUCAAGAUCUCAUUUCCUGUCAUCCUACUGGACGAGGCACUCAAGUAUAUCUCCCGCCACCACUUAGAAGGUGAAGAGGAGGAACGGUACAGGAAGAGACGGCAGCUGAAUUUCUAGGAUAACUUCCUUUAAACACACAUGAACACACACACACACCCCUGCCUUUUCCUUUGAGCAUUUUAAAACUGCACCGUUUACACACACACACAUCAUCAUCAUCAUCAGAUCCCUUCCAAUCCCUCCUCCAGUGUCUUUGCUGCAUGUCCAGCCACCACUAAAAACAAGCAGGGCUUGUAGUUUGUACAUUGUGCGUGUGUUAGUGCGAGAGCAGGGUGUGUGUGUUUGUUGGCAUGUGCAUGGGCCUAAUUCAUGUUGAGUUGCGUGACACAAAAUUCGUUUCGUUUUAUUUAGCUUUUUAGCUUUCAUGCUGUACAUAGUAGGGGAAUGGAGGAAAUGCCUUUCAGGUUUAACACGGGGAUCGGGGGUUAAAUUCGCAGGGGUACUGUAUUUAGAUCAGAUACUGUAUAGUACAUCUCACAAUGUAUAGACUCAUCGGAGACUACCAUUGAGGAUAAAAAGGUUUUGGGGCAUCUUUUAAAGUGUACAUGUUUGGACAGGAUGGCCAGUUUCAUCAUUUAACCAAUACCCAUUCAUUUCAUUUUCACUUACUCACUGUCAGAUUUUUCUUUACCGGAGGUCCAUUAGUCAUACGUUUCAUUUAGAUAAAUGUUUACACAAAGCUAAAUGUGGCAGCAGAUAUAAUCUGACUCGCUUUUAUAUUGCACUUAUAAAUUAUUACAAAAAAAUGCAUUUUUCGUUAUAAGGCUAUAGUAGGCGUCACAUUGCAUGCUGUUCAAGAAUAUCCUAAAUCUGAUAACCUGAGAAGUACACAAUGAAAGUCAACAUCAAUAUGACCUAUGAAUACAUUUUAUAGCUCUAAAUUAUUUUUCAAUACAGAAAUGUGCAUUUAUUUACCAAGUGAAUCAUUUAAUCUCAGAAUUCUCCUUUUCUAUUCUGUCGAGUAUACUCAAGUUUAACACUAGUAAAUACAUGCUACAAGUACAUCAAAACCAAACAUUGUGCAGUCUGCACUGAAGUAUUAAUAUUAGUGAGCAACGAUGACAUGAUGAGAUAGAGAGAGGAGAAAUCUGAGAGAGAGCGAUUUGUCUUCUGAUACCAUCAUCUGACUCAGACACACAAACAAAUACACGAUCAUAUGGAGUAAACUGAAUGUACACCCACUUGCCCUUUUUUUAAAUGUAACCACAGCAAAGCUCUGUCCAAAUAGGUUUCAGUUUCUCGAUUUCCAGUCGUUUGAGUCGAAUCAUCACGACCAACACCCUCUUCCUAUUGGACUUUAUAAAGGUCACUCGCUUCCACGCUUGCCGCAAAGGAAGGAUUCGCCACCGCUAGUGCUUUUCUUGCAAUCUUGAUGAACUAUUUUUUGUUUGUUUUAUAAUAAAGUAAUAAUAAUGUAUUCGACUGAAAGAACCCAGGUGGUUUAGUUUGUCAGUUUUGCUGUUAAGGGUAUGAUAUGCCUUCAUGAUCUGUUGGAAAAUGCUGGUGUGCAAGUAUACAAAAUAACUACUACGCCUGUGCCUGGUGUCAUUAUGCUUGCCGUCAUAAAUCUGCUGCGUGUAGACAGUCCGCGUUCGCUUGUUAGCCGUGAUUUCACUGACGGAUGUUUAUCGUAAUAAUGUGACAGUGUUGUGUCCACUCAUCUGUCACAAAUAGACGUAGUCCAUUUUUUGGGGUUCGUAACAAAUGUAAGUAGUCUAAAACAGGCAGCCUGAGUUAAUGUCAAGCUCUGUGUCCUCUCACGUCCCCGGAUAUUGCAAUGCGUGUUAUAACUGUAGGGUAAGCGUAUUGACACAAGGCAAGUAAGGCCUAUCAUUUUCACCAUAUUAAAUACAGCGCACACAAGCAUCUGCACCAAUAGAAAGUGUGGGCUUGUACAGCCUUGCUACUUACUACUGAUCUCUUGAACUCUGUACAGAAAAAAAAAGAAAUACCUGAUUGCAUGGAAACUUGUUACUGUAAUUAAUAACCUAUACAGUAUAUUUAAAAAAAAAUUUAAACAAAGAUUUUACAUCUUUACCACCAGGAAGAGAACAGCGUGAAAUUAUUAUUUUCUUUGCAUUCAAGUAACCGAGGACGGAUAUUUUGUAGAAUAGUGGAGGUUGUUUAUUCAUUGUUACAGUUUGUUUUUAAGGUUGCAGGGGUUUGAAUUUAGUUUAUGAGUUGAAAAUUGUAAGAUAAGAAUUGUGCUAAUAACGAUAAUAUUUUGCAACUAUAAUUGGGUUUGAAUGUCUGGAUUUUUUUGCUUUGUUUUGGGAACGAUACAUUGCGUGGUUUACACAGAGGGAUGUCUGGCGUUUAGUGCUGGUUAUGAAGUUGUUCUUUUGAAGGGCUUGGUGUGGGUACUGUCUCCAGAAUACAUAUGUAUGUGUGGUAUGCAGAAAGCUGGACGUCCACUUUGUGAAUUUCAAUUCGUCUUGUUUGUAAGUUAUUAGAAAACUAUUUUUCCACAUACUUUAACUCUUUUGUUGGUGCUGCUUCUACAGUAGGCUACUGUUAAGGGAGAAUUCAUCAAACGUCAUCAUGUAAUUUUAGAGAUGAUGUGACAUCUAUUUUGAUAGACAUUUUAGAGGCAAUCAAGAGAAAACUAAAGUUGUAGACAAUCAAGGAAUGCUAACAAAAGUAGUAAAGUUCCCCUGUGAUGGCUUCAAAGCUCAUUUCAUAAGCACUGUGUGGUUCUCAGAUGGUCCAUUCUUACUGGACAGCUGUCUUUCUGCCUGCGCACAAACUGGCUGGAGCUUUGCGCCCACUACUGAGAAAGAAUUCUCUGUAACGCCUUGGUAAUAUUAAUUGUGGAUUCAUAAUUUUAUAUAUAUGAAAAAGACAUGUCAAAUAAAAUUAUUUAUCUUCUAAUUUA